AUGUGUGGUAUUAGUGGAUGGGUUAAUUGGUCAAAUUUGGAUCUUUUAAAAGAAAUUGAUACAAUUCAAAAAAUGAAUCAAGCAGUCUUUCAUCGUGGUCCAGAGGAAGGUGGAUUUUUUACAUGUUCGGAUGCUUUAUUUGGUCAUCGUAGAUUGUGUGUAAUUGAUGCAGCUGGAGGUAAACAACCAAUGGAAUACAAAAAAGGUGAUAAAUCAAUUGUUUUGUGCUUCAAUGGAGAGUUAUAUAAUUUUCAAGAUUUAAGAAAAGAGUUGGAGCAACUUGGUCAUACUUUUAAAAGCCAUUCAGAUACCGAAGUUAUUUUAAUGUCCUAUGUAGAGUGGGGUGAAGAAUGUGUAAAGAGAUUAAAUGGUAUGUUUGCAGUUGCCAUCUUUGAUCAAGAAAAGGAAAGGUUAUUUUUUGCCAGAGACCAUCUUGGAAUUAAACCUUUAUUCUAUUGCAUUAGAGGGGACUCAAUUUUGUUCGGUUCAGAAAUUAAGGUCUUGCUAUCCAACAGCAAGUUGGUACAACCAUUGGUAGAUAAGGAUGGUGUUGCACAACUCUUUUAUUUGGGUGCUUUUCGUACACCGGAAACUGGUUGUGUAUUCAAAGAUAUUAAUGAAUUGGGUGCCGGAAAAACAAUUACCUUUAAUAAAUCUGGAGGUUCUUUUACAACAAGUGGUGAAAAAGAGUAUUGGAAUUUAAAGUGUGCUCCACAUACCGAUGAUUUAAAAGCAACCGAAAAAAAGCUUAGACACCUUAUUGAAGCAGCUCUUUCAAGACAAUUGGUAUCAGAUGUCCCAAUUACCUUUUUACUUUCGGGUGGUUUGGCCUCAAGUGCUUUAGUUUCGUUAGCGACUUCUCUAGCAAAAUCAGAUUCACUACCAGAGCAAUCACCAAUUAAUCAAAAAAGUGUUCUAAAAACAUUUUCAUGCGAAUUUGAAGGUGAUGAAAAAGAAUACAAGGAGGAAAUAGCAGGUCCAAAGAAACCAUGGAUGGAAAAAGUCGUUGAUAAUGUCCAAAGUGAACAUACAUCUACUCAAUGUAGUGUAGACCAACUUUUAGACAAUUUGCUAUCACCAAUGAGAGCUAGAGAUUUACCAAGCUUUUCAAAAUGGGAAACACCUUUAAGAUUAAUGCUCAAAAAAGUUAAAGAACAUGGUGUAGUUUUAAUUUCUGAUGAAGGAAGUGAUGAAAUUUUCUCUGGUUACGAUUGGUUCAAAAAAGAAGAGGCAUUGAAAAUGGAAAGAUUACCAUGGAUCGGUCAGUGCUACGCCCAUUUUAACAAGUAUUUAAAUAGCAAAGUAUUAAAUAGUGUAGACUAUAUUAAAUAUGGCGAAAAUAUUUAUAAAAAGGCUAUUGAAAGAAUUCCAAUGUUGGAGGGUGAAGACGAGGCACAACAAAAGCAAAGGAUUCAAUCAUGGUUAUUCAUCAAGUAUUUUCUAAUUUAUAUGUUGGAGAGAGAAGAUAGGGUUAGUAUGUCACAAUCACUUGAAGUUAGAGUUCCUUAUUGCGACUUUAAUUUGGUAGAGUAUUGUUGGAAUAUUCCAGACAAUAUUAAAUCUGUUGGUGAUAUCGAAAAGGGAAUUUUACGUCGUUCAAUGAUCAGCCAGCUACCAAGGGAUAUUCUUAACCAUCAAAAAGAUAGAUACCCCCUUUCGGUUCAAGAUACAAACUAUUUUAUAGGUAUUUGUAAUAUUUUACAAAUUAUUCUCCUGGAUUCAAAUUCACCAAUUUUAAUGUUUAUCAAGUGUGAACCAAUUAACGAGAUUAUCGAAAAUAAAAACAAACAAUUAUACCAAACCCACGAAAACCAAGUAGUAAUCGAGCAUUUAAUUCAGGUUAAUAAUUGGAUUUUAGAAUACAAGGUUAAAUUUGUUUAA